AUGGCGCAAAGCCUAGACCAGCUUAUUGAUUUUCUGCUUGAAGAAAUUGCGCUCGGUGGUGAUCAAGGUGUGACUAUUACAGAUGUUGCUCGCUACGCAAAUCGUUUUUAUGCCCCACCUCAACCACCAUUAACAUCGACAUCAACCACUUCCAAUCACAAAGUCGACAAGCAAUUCAUAGCGAAGAUCUGGCAAUGGCUGACAAGACAUGAGGACGUUAUCGUUCUCGGAAACGAGGACUACGGCGCCUUGUCACUCGCUGAACUAGAGAAUCGGUUUCCAAACAUCCUUGCUGAAAUACCAGAUUCAUCAUCCCAGCCUCAACUACAACAAGGAGAUGAUCCAUUCCCUCCAGCGACUAUUUCUGCUGAAGAGGCUUCUGAUUCUAAAGACGAACCAAGGAUUAGCGUCACGUUGACACGCAUCUAUCAUGCAAUCUGCGGUCACGGUCCCGAUCCUAGCAAAGUCCCUACAACCGAAUUUGCCCUGCUUUGCGUGAUUGCACGCUCUGGGCACGAUGGCAUUCUUCAAGGCCCAUUGACCAGAAUAACUGGACAGGACAAGCGUUCUGUACCACAACGUACCGACCGUCUACACCAGAAAGGAUAUAUUGUGAAAAAAGCUGCCUACCUCAAGAAUGGUCAGAAGACAAGCAGGCUCACUCUUCGUCGAUUUGUUAAUGAAGCACUGGCAGCGACCACUCCAUAUCCUGACGAUUCACUUACUCUGAAAGAACUUACUUUGCAGACCUUUGAUGUACUGAAACAAAAUAGCUCUGUUACCUUAGACGAGCUCGCCGCAGCAUUAAACGUGAAAGAGCCUGGUCAACGGCGUAUCCUUGGUCAGGUCGUUGACCAACUCGUCACGAAACAAUGUCUUGAGCUUACACAAGCGACAGCCGACUCCAACCACGAUGUUGGUAAACCUCAGAAAUGCUUGCAAGUCCUGCGAGAACUGGCCGAUACAGACUGGCAAACGCACGACGGAGACGACCUUGAUUUCGAGAAGACAGUCAAGCAAGCAAUCGCCACAGUAACGAUAAAACCUAGCCUCGUCGUGAACAACGCUUCUGCAUAUGAUGUAGAAGAACCAAGCAGCAGUGCAAAUUGUACCAACGAAGCUGCCCUCCGACCACGAUGGAAUCCAGACAGGCAACUGCCCAACAUUUUGCACGACUUGGCAGAUAAUGCUGGUCAUAAAGGCAUUACGAACAUAGAAGCUCGACAGCACAUCACUGGCCUUGCAGUUAGGAGAAUGUUAGAGUCGGCCCUCACACGUUUAUCUCAUGCCUCAUUACAAAGUCAGCCUCCGGCGCUUCGCAACCUAGCACUAGUCAGGUCGCACGAAACGGAAGACACGAUCUCUCGAUAUGUCCAUCGUACGUUUGCCUCCUACAAUGGUAUGGUUCAAGCUGGACAGGCAGAUUGGGCGGCUGUCACUGGCGGCAAGGAAACAAUGAAAGAGCCUACAACAAUGCUUGCAAACGAUCCUAAGUCGGGGUUCGAUGAGGAGACGUUCGGUUUCUUACGCCGCACAAAACCAAGAAUGCAGAUACAAAAUGGACAGGUAGAACUCGAAGAAAUUGUCAAACUUUCUGGUGCUAGGUCACUGGAACUGCGUGCUGGUGAAGUGAAGAUAGGCGAAACAUCCACUGGUAGUGUUGUUCUCUCUACCGUGUCGGAGAUACGGCAGCCAACCGCUCCGCGAGCAGCUAAAGCCCCAAAGCCAGCUCAGAUGCCAAAGCGUACCUAUGUCGCGAAGCCCAAACCAUUCAGGCAAAUUAGACAAGGACGACCUCGGAAGUUUGUUCGUGGCACGGAGGAAUUCUGGAGAGACAUGAUGAAACUCAAGAAAGAGCAAGAUAAGUCUGCUUUCUCUACACCUACAAACCUUGUAGGUACUACACAAGACCCUGAUGUCCUCAUGUGGUUCAAUCAGAGACCUGCCGAUUUCGAUGAUACGCUUUUGCAAGCCGUGGAACACGACUUGCCAGUACCAUCGACGCCCCAGGAUGUUAACCAAUCAUGGAUCGACAAAAUGAAGAGAUACUUGCGGAGGAACAGCUCGGGACUUCAUCUGACACCUGCAGGGGCUACGAAAGUGCUCCGGGGACACAAAAGCUUCAUUGCCACAAUUCGAUCAAGCCGUCUUUCUGAUGUUGACUUCUCCGAGUUCAGGAAGCCAGCUACAGUACUAUUCCUUUCUUCGAGCGCAGCACACACAAUUCGCUGCUAUGGUUUAGAUCCGUGGGUUAAUUCAGGCAUUUGGACGCUUAUGUGGAGGGCGAAUACAUUGAAGCGUGACUAUUCAGAGAUAGAGCUAGCGAAUGAGGGCCAGGGCUCAACGAGAGCUUCAGCUAGACCUUUACCUCAGUCUACCAAAUCCCAAGGCCGCACGUCUAGAAACAGCUCUAUAUCACAACGUGACGUUUCCUCUGAACAGGUCCUGUCCAAGGAUGCGUCAUCUGGCAAAUCAGCUAGACCGCAGAGGAAGAGGAAGCGAAAAGAGAGCACGCCUGUUGCCGAAGUCGACAAAGAGCAAGUCGACCCAGGUCCGGGAGAACCAAGAAGAAAGGUCCCCAAGAUCGUCAAUGCAACCAACGGCGUGACUUCAGCAUCAAAUGCCAACCUCGAUAUUGAGCAGACACACACUACCAACGUCAAUACGAUACCCUCUCCACAAUCAACGUUCGGUGCCAUGCUUUCUGAUAUCGUACCUCAUGGAUUGGACAACGCUCUCGUCCAUUCUUUGACCGCUGAGACGGUCAAAGACACGACAAUACCAACUGCAAGCAAAAGCACAGGUAGAGGUAUCAGCCCACGUCGCACCUGCAGAAACGACAGCAAUCAGGAGUUGGAUAUCCGAUCCUCUAUCCGUCAGCACGCUGUGGAGAACGUUUCAGAGCCAAGACCUUCGCCUGGACCCAAUGUCGCAGAUGUUGAGACGGAGAGUGCUAAGGCUGUCUCUGAAACUGUCACUUCAUCCUUGACCGAUGUGUCCUUUGCGCAGCCCCCAAAUCUUGAGAAAUCGAAUACUCAAUUGCAAAUAGAGCCGCAGGAAGGUCUGUCUGAUUUUCCUGCGAUUUCUCUACAGGAUCUACCAGAAGAACCACAAGUAGCAUCCAGCGUCUUCGCUGCUGGACCCGCAAGCUCGAUACGCGAGAAUACUCCGAGCUCUCAGCUGGCAGCGAGAAGGUCGUCGACCCCUCGGUUAAACGGUGAUAAUACCGUUCUACUAACCACACCGAGAGACGAAAGUGCCAAAAAGAAAAAGACAUAUCCAAAGCCUGCUGCGGGUCCGGGUGUCUUGACAGGUCUCAAGGCGGCACCGAUCUAUCAGAAAAUCAUAUUAGAAAUGAUUCAGCUCUGUGGUGGUGUUGCUCCUGACAGUGUGUCUGUCCUCAAAAGAGCAAUGAAAGCGACAUGUAUUGAGGCACGAGUCGACCAUAACAUGGGUGUGAAGGCGCUUAGAACUGCGAUAAACAAGUUGACCAAGGAUCGAAAGAUUAAGCACAUGAAAUUUGCCUUUCAAAGCAAUGGACAAAACCAUUUCAAAACCAUACUAGCUUUGCCAGAUAUUCAGGUUGAAGAUAGCCAAUUCAGAAAAAUGUCACAACAAAUCAGCAAAUUGCCAGUUGAUGAAGAUUACAUGCCCUCGGAACUCGAGGCUGAGUAUAAUCGGCAGCCGUCAGACAAUGGAAGGCAGGAUCUUAUCCAGGAGGAAGGUAAAGAGGUCUUCAUGCCUGCAGACCAAGCUUUACGAAGCAGGCAUGUUCGCGACGGCGAUCGUGCGGCUAGCAUUGUUUCAUCUUCUGGCCGAAGAAGUUUGUCCCCUUUACCAACGAUUACAUCCAAUACUGGAUUCCUGACUUUAAAAGUGCCGGAAAUCGGGACAAUUAGAAGUUCUACUGACUUCACCAGUCACUAUUUUAGCUUACCAGCUCAACCAGAGCCUAUUCGUUUCACGGCAGACGCCAAUGCUGCUGCCACAGAAACAGCGGCGCCACUUCCUACUUCUCUGCGAAGAAGUGGCGUUCGUAUACCUCGUAAUAGCUCUUACCAACCUGGACAGCGGAAGAUACAGUGGCGCAUACCAAAACGAACUGUGCUGCCGAAGAGUCUUAAAGCUAUUUUAUCUCAAGCUUGCCAGGAUGAUGAAGUCCACUUUGAAGACGACAGCGGAGAUCAGCUGCCAGAUGAUGGAGAACCUUCCACUCAGUCGAGCUUUCUUCACUCCAUCUGUCACGUUGGCGCUUUUGAACUUCGAAACUGGGACGAUCUGCAGGAACGAAAACCUGGACAGUGGAACUUUAUCAAUUUCAUGCUACCAAAGAAGGAAGCAAUUUACAUUCCUUGCCAAGAAGAAUUACAAUUUUACCUAGUUCAUUUCACGCUCAAUGCUGCAGGAGAAGUCCUGGAAACCGAGGAACCGCUGCCUGAACCUGCAUCGUGGGACGUCUUCUCUACAAUUGUGACGCAGGCUCGUGCCAAGCAAAAGAAGAUUGAUCAGAUCGCAGAGAAACACAAGCGCAAGCGCAAAUUCCAAGAAGUUGAAUUCGACAAUGACGAGUCGGAUUUUGCGGACUCUGAAGCUGAAGAUGUACCGAGCAAAAAAGCUCGUCGACGGACACGACCUGCUAAAGAACCGAAGCAGCGAGUAGCCCACACGGAGAACGACAAACGUAAGAUGAAGCGUGGACAUAUCAUUCCGCGAGGCACAGGAAUGAGAAAUGUGUCCAAAGAGAUGGCACAUCGAAUAUCUCUGGCCUUUGUUGUGGCAAGAGUGCUUGCUGGUGGGCUUGACAAGCACAUUGAUUUCAGUCUAGUAAAUCGCAUGGUACCUUCGGAGACCGAGGCAAUUCUGCAGGAACGCUGGAAGGUACUAGGAACAAGAUACAACAACGACAUUGAUACUUGUAUUGCCAAAUUUCAGACCAAAUACCUUGACGCUCUGGCUGACGACAAGGUACCAAUGAUUGACUACUCCGAUUUCGAGAAUAGUGACUGGAAUGGCAUCCUGAAUUGGGCUGUGGAGAAUAUCAGCACCGACAUGGAUGACGUUCUUCCGGAUCUUCCUCCGACUCGAGAGGAAUUAUUAGCAAUCAAGAACAUCGAGAUACCUGAAUCAAGACCUGUACGAAACCUUUUUAACCAGUCUCUCAGCUAUACCAUUACGUCUAAGGAGGAGGCAUGGGCAUCUGCAGUGAUGGGUAUAGUACCAAACGCUCUUCCUGACGUCGCUGGCGAAGUCCUAGAACCAAAAUUCUGCAUUGAAGAUGAUUAUACAGAUAUUGCUCUUUUUAGAGCGAGAUCAUGGGUACUUGCUGCAGUCCUAACUUCGCAGGAGGACUUCAAUUCCGUGAAGACCGCAGCGAAGCUAAACAAGCUAGCAGUGAACAAACGCGAAUUAGAGACACUGCUGAGUACUGUGACGAAGAAAAUGCAGGCUGACAAGAUUAUCGUCCGAGAACGUAGUGGUGAUGCAGUCACGACACUGAACGGCACGACAUACUCUGGUACUCAUGGCUGGAAGAUCUGUACUAAGUGGUUCGAUAAGUUUGAGUCAAACCGACACAUCUCGGCAACUAUGCUCAAAGACGCUGCACGAUACAAACUGGAAGUACUUGAUGUAGCUUUCGCUGGCGGACAGCGUGUGAUACUGGAAAAGUCGCCUCACAUCAAGGACGGCGCCAUGAUUGCAGUACUGAACCUCUUGCAUGCUGGCAUGUUGCAGAUCAAGCCUGGUUAUGAUGUGCCAGCGUCGCGAUACGGGCUCGACUACGAGGAGCAAGGCUACAAGACAAGGUCUAUGGAUCGAGAUGUUAUGUCCUUCACAACGCUAUUGGAAGCUUCACCAAGCUAUGUCUUUGGUGAUUUUAUUGCCAAAGAUCGUGCUAUACCUGGAAGUGGUCUUGCUGAAGAGGAUGAAAUGUGCUUAAUUCCAGCCUGGUUUGAUAUCAAUCAUAAAUUCCUCCCACAAAUCUGGGAAUCCAUCCUCGGAGCUGUUGUGGGAAUCAUCUCAGUUCGACCUGGCGUUUCAAGCAUCGAGAUCGUCCGAACAUUGAACUGGGCACUCUCUGUUCAUGAUCUUGAGCUCAUCGUCCAGUACAUGCUGGGCUGUAACAUUAUCGAGAAGACGUGUACAGGAUGGACUACAACGGCAUGGUGGUGGCUUGCUGUGGGUUGUGGAUUGGGACACAGCCAUGGCGUUCAAUGGAAAUUUUGA